AUGGAUGGGUUUGACGAAGCAAAAAUGAAACAGCUUCAGCUGUUAAAGGAAAAAAUGAAAAUAGCAAAAGCCCAAAAAACUGAUGAUAUUUCUAAAAAAGUUGAAAAUAGUUUUUCUCAUGAUGUUCGAAAUGUUCGAUCUUUUGAAAGUGAAGAUAUGAAAUUUAAUAAACCAGGAAAAAAAAUAUUUGAUAUAUUUUCAACAAAUAAAAAGAUAUUACAUCCAAAAGCGAACCGAAAUAUUUUUCAGCAAUCAAAAAAUGCCACAAAUUUGUCUUUUAAAACAAAAAAUGAAAAUGGGAUAUUGGCUAAUGAUACUGAAGUAUUUGACACUCCUCUUACAUUUGAAGAAGUUAUGAGACGAAAAAAUGAAAAAAAAAAAUUAAAAGUGGAGAAAAAUCCACAAUCCAUUUUUUCUGAUAUCUUAAAUAAUAAACAAGAUAAUAUUAGUCCAGAAAAAGGAAAUAAAAAUAAUUUGGUUUCAGCAUUUAAUGGAACGAGUUACAAUACUACUAAUAAUAGCAAUUUAGGAGAAUGUCAUAGGCUAGAGCAAAAUAAUUUUAAUAUUGAAUGUUCUGAAAAAAAUUCUACAUAUACAGGAAUUAUUCCAACAAAUAAUAAUAGUGCUGAUAAUAUUAAUAAUCGUAUUGGUGGUGAUUUAAUAAAAAACCCAAAUGUGCUAAGUUCAGGAAAUAUGGAUACAAAACUCGCUUUGGAAACUAAAGAAAUAAAAAAUUCGAGUUCUCUAAAUUUAAAUACUUUUAAUAAUUUAUUUCAAGAAAAUAAUCCAAAAAACCAAAGCAAUCCAAAUAAUAGCAAUAAUAUAAAUAAUAAUGCCGUUUCUCAGCAACGGAAUAUAUUAAGUGAAAGUUUACCUCUUAAUUUUGAGAGUCAAAAUGCAAGAAUGAAUAUUUUAAAUAAUGUUAAUAAUAAUGGAAAAUUUUCAAAUAUAAAUAUUAAUAAUAUGGGAAAAUUCAACAACACCAAUAAUAGUAUUAAUAAUUCUAGUAGCAGACUAUUUGAUAUGAAUUUAGGUGCCCAAAUGAAAGACUUUCAACAAAUACAACAACCAGCUAAUAAUAAUGCUUCACUUUUCGGUGGUGCACACCAAUUAAAUGAAUUUAACCUGAACAAGUCAGGCAAUUUUAAUAAUUCAAACAGCGGAUUCAAUAACAGCAUGAAUAAGUCAGGUAUUUUUAGCAAUUUGAGAAAUACCAUAAAUAAUGCUGAUUGUUCCGAAAGUAAGAAUAUGACCAAUGCAAAUAAUAUUUUUAAUAGUAAAUCAAAUACUGGAAAUAUGGGCAAUUCAUAUGGCAGCAUAAUAAAGCCGAAUAUCACAAACAAUGCAAAUAUCACGAAUAACAAUGAAAAUAUUAACAAUCACAACGAAGGGGCUAAAUUUAUAAAUUCGAAUUCCAAAAACAAUAUGUUUAAUAAUACUUCCCCUAGUAACACAUCAUCUAUAUUUAGUAAAACUAGUAGUUUAUUUAACAAAACACCAUCCCUAGAAAGUAAUAUAUUUGGAACCACAGGGAAUAAUGCAUUUAAAAAUGUUUCUAAUAAUACUGUUCCUAAUAAUCAAUUUAAUAAUACUAUAAAUCCAUCUAAAUAUAGUGGAAAUAUUAUUUCGAAUGAAAAAAAUAUAUUUACAUCAUCAAACAUUAAUCAAACAAUUUUUGGCGCUAAUAUUAUUCCCCCCACUUCUAUUAUUACUAAUAAUACUGUUCAAAAACAGAAUAAUAUAUAUGAUAAUAGCAUUGGAAAUAAUAAUAACUUUACACAAAAAUCUUUACAAAAUAAUAUUUUUAACAAUGAUAAAAAUAAUGUACAUAAUAAUGCACAGAAUAGUGUACAGAAUAAUAUAUUUAGUAAUAAAAUAGUAGAAAAUAAAAACAUAUUUUCACCCAAUAAUAACUUAAAUAAUUCUGUGGGUUCUAAACUUAAUUUUUCUAAUGUGAAUUCAAAUGCCAUGCCAAAUAAUAAUGAACAGGUAAAAAUAAUGAAAUUUAAAAAUACAUUAUCACAAGUAAAAAACAUGAAAAUGAAUUCAGAAAAUACGGCUAUUCAAAAUUCGAACAAUUUUCCAAUAAAUUCUAGUGAAGUUGUUACGAAAAAUGAAAAUGAUUUUAGUAAUCAGCCAAGCACUGACCAGAAAAUAUCUGAACAAACAAAUAACACUCACCUUACAAAAAUUAAUUUGAAUGAUAAUAACGUAUCUGCAAUUUCUGACCAAAAUAAAAAUUCAGAUAAUAUUGUUGAUCUAUCCUCAAAUAAUAUUAAUGAUGAUAAAGAAGGAAAAAACCUUCGGAAAACUAUAUCAACAUAUUUUAAUAAUUUAAUACCAUCCAUAUUUUCAAAUUCUAGCAAGUUUGUUCAAAGUACAAAUAAUACCAAAGAAUCAAAUACAAAUAAGCCCACUGAAACAUCGGUGCAUCCUAGUGAAAUAAAUAGUAAUGAUAACUCUAAAUCCCAUAACUUAAAUGAAAAAGUUAUAAAUACAGAAUCUAUUAAUAAUAGUGUUGUUGAAAAUGCUAAUAGUGUAAAUAUGAUACCACAAACAUGUAAUGAAAAUAAUGUGGCCAAUAAUAAUUUUUCAAAUAAAUUCACUCUUGAUAAUAAUAUAGGAAAUGUAAAUAUUGAAAAUAAAAAAACAGAUUCUGUGUUUUCGAACCCAAGCAAUACAAACGUCCCCAAUAAUGGAAAACCUCUAUUUAUUAAUCAAAACAGUAGCUUAUUUGGUAUAAAUCAAGAUAAUAAUGUAUUUGUUAAUGGGGAAAAUGUUUUCGGAGCAAAUAACAUUUUUUCAAGUAAUAAUAAUCAUGGUAUAAAUGUAAACAAACUAUCAAGUUUGAAUAAUAAUAACACUCAAAAUAGGGGAAAUAACAAAGUUCUAUUAUCUUUGUCAAGGGAUAUGAAAACAAAUUUAUAUGAAAAUAAUUCAAUUAAUAAUGAUAAAGGAGUUUCAGGUAUGACUAGCAAUACGACAAAUCAUGAUAUUUUUCAAAAAAAUAAAAAUAACAGUUUUAUUAAUUUAAAUUCAAAAGAUUUUGAAAAUAAAGAAGAUUUUGAAAAAUUUGAUAAAAUAUAUAAAAACAUAAAUUGUAUCGAUAAAAAUAUAAAUUAUAUAAAUAAAUAUGCACCCGAAAAUAUAAAAAAUACAAAUAAUUAUAUUGAUGAAAAUAGUAAUGCCAUUAAAAAUUAUGAAGCUCUAUCUGCAGCUAAUAAAUUAUUAUUAGAAAAAAUGAACAAUCCGGAUAAUACAACAGAAUCAAAUAAAGAAAUGAAAGGAAUAAUAGAUCAAUUAAAUAAAAAUAUAAAUAAAAAUGGUGAAGAAACUGAUAAAUACGAGGAAAAUAAAGCUAAUAAUAAAUUACAUGAAAAUAAAAUAAAUAUAAGAAAUACUGAAAAAGGAAAUAACUUAAGUAAUAUGACAUUAGGAAAAACAUUGUUUGAAACACAAAUGAAAAACAAUGGAAUUGAAAAAUCAGGAACUUUAGGAUUUAAUAUCAAUACUAAUGAAUUAACUCCAAUUCAAAAAUUAAAAUUAAUUAAUGAAACAUCGAAAGAAAUUUCUACAAAUGAUGAGUCAGAUUUAAAUGAAAUGAUACCUGAACAUGUUCAGAAAAUUAUGAAAAGAAGAGAAUAUUUUAAAACAAAAAAUAAAUUAUUAAAAACAGAAACUGAUCAAGCAAGUGUAAAAAAAAUGAAACCAUUUGUCCCAACAAAAUAUAGUGAAUCAUUUAGAAAUACAUUUUAUACAAAUGAAAAUAACAAAAAUAAUAUUUUUUCGUUAAAAAAUUUAAAUACUAUGGGCAUAUUAGAUACACAAAAUUAUACACAAAAUUAUACAAAAAAUAAUAAUGAACUUAUAUCUGGAAAUACACAAAACAAUUUAGAUUUUAAAAGUAUAAUAUAUAACAAUGAUUAUAACACGCAUACACCCAUAACUGGAAAUUUAAGAAAUGGUAGUAACGCUACCAAUAUAAGUAAUAGUAAUAAUUGUAGCAAAUUUCCUCAAAUGAUAAAUAAUAUUUGCACUAAUGAAAAUAUUGCAAAUAUGGAAAAUGAAUUAAAUUCGCAAACUGAUUUUGUAUCUAAUAUUUAUAAAUCUUUGGAUAAAGAAAAUUAUAUAUAUGGAAAACGUGAUAGAAACAAUUUUAAUAUUGAUGAUAAAAAUUGUAUAAAUAAAAAUAAUAAUUCUAGUGAAAAUAUUUCAAACUUUGUAAAUAAUAAUUUAACGCCUGAACAUGAAUAUUUAAAUUGUGAAACAAAAAAAAAAAAAUCAAAUCCAGAUAUAGAUAUAGAUAUAGAUAAUGUUAAUAAUGAAGAUAAUACUUCGCAAUCAUCCAAAAAAAGUAGUAAUAAUACAUUUUCUAAUAUGAUAAAUUAUGUAAAAAAUAUCAGAAAUUCUAACACUUUAAAUGAUAUAUCAAUGAAUUUAACAAAAUAUACUUUUCAAAAUGAAAAGAUUUUGUGUGACAUAAUUAAUGAAAAUUUUAAUAUGGCAUUGAAAAUUUCUUCCUUAAAUGAUUUGCCAUUUUUAUCUGACGAUUUUUCAUAG